CACUUCAUCGCUUGUGUCUGGUCUUUCCUCCCAUUCAAUAACAAAACUAUCUUAUCAACCAUGAAUAUGAUGCGAGGCGUUUCUGUGCUGGCUCUGGUGUGCAUGGUGUCCGCUGCGAAGCUGCCAGGAUACAGUGCCGGAGGCGACUCUGGUUUGGGUGUCGAUCUCGGCGGCGUAGGAGGCCACGCCGGCGGCGCAGGAGGAUCAGGAAGCGUUUUCCAGGCCGUUUUCGUCGGCAGCGGAAACCUUCCUGCUAGUGCUAUUGGAGGCGGUGCUGGAGGUUUCUCCGGAGGCGCUGCUGGAGGCUUUGGCGGCGGCGCUGUUGGACAGGAGUACUCUGGGCCAAGCACAGGCCCCGUUGCCCCUGUUGUUACCGUUGAAGAGGAAUACACCGGCCCCGAUGCCGCCGUGUCCCCAGUUGUUACCGUAGAAGAGGAAUAUGCCGGACCAAGCAUUGGCGCUGGUCCUGGCGCUGCCGUCUCUCCUGUUGUGACCGUUGACGAAGAAUACAGCGGGCCAGGCAUUGACGUUGCUCCCGUUGCCCCCACUCCAACCGUUGAAGAGGAGUACUCUGGGCCCAGCGAAGUCGCCCACGUCAGCCCCCCUGUCAGCGAAUACAACUCACCACACCACUAGAGCUUUAUGCUGAUCAGAUAAUGUUAUACUGAUUUGCAGAAAGCCUUUAUUUAUCACCAUGAAGUCCAUUCACAUAUUUAUAUACUACAGUGAAUAAAUAAUAACAGAAUGUU